CCGAGAGACCGAUCGAUUGGUGUGCUCGAGGACGAGGUGGAGGAGAAGAAAACGAGGAAGAGGAGGAGGAGGAGGAGGAAGGAAGUGAAAGGGAAUAAAUUGUUUCCGUCGUUCAAUUUCGGGAGAGAGAGAGAGAGAGAGAGAGAGAGAGAGAGAGAGAGAGAGAGAGAGAGAGGUGGAUCGGCUCUGAAAGAUUAGAAGGCAUCGACGCCAAGUGUUCUUAGCGGAAGGAAAAUAUUGGUACGUGUGUUUGCUUGCGGGGCACACAGGUGGAUCGACUCGAACCUUGAAGGGCGUCGGUGCUCAGCGGAUCGACAAUGGAAGAAAAGCUUCUUCAUGGGCUUCUGGAGGUCAAGAUCUAUGAAGCACAGGGACUGGAGGAUACAGAUCGUGGGGGCUUGAUGGGCGGGCUGAUGAGCAUGUUGGGAGUUCAUAGAGAACAUGAGAAGAGCGAUCCGUAUGCGACUGUCGAACUCCCACCCAAGGCAGUUGUCGCCCGAACUUGCGUUAUCCAGGACUCCCUGAAUCCGGCUUGGAACGAGAAGUUCUGGAUCAAGGUUGCGCACAAGACGACGGAGCUUCGAGUCUAUGUGAAGGACAGUGAUAAGGUUGGCGCUGUGAUGUUGGGAGAGGUACGAAUUCCCGUGGACACCCUGUUAACCGAGGAGCAAACGAAGGAUUGGUUCAAACUCUACAAGGGCGACGAGCCGACCAAUGCUUCGAUCCGCUUGAAGGUGAAGUUCAAUUCCAUCGACACGCUGAGGCAGAGGUAUGGACGCUGUGGGCAGAAGGACAAACAACCCGGUGUCCCGUACACCUACUUCCCGGUGAGGGCGGGCAACCACGUCACCCUGUAUCAGGAUUCGCACAUCCCCAACAGUUUCGCGCCGUACAUAGAGCUGGAGGGCUACACCACAUAUAAGCAGCAAAGGCUGUGGGAAGAUAUCUACAAGACGUUUGUUGAAGCGAAGCACUUCAUUUACAUCUGUGGGUGGUCUGUGUACUACAAGAUCCAGCUCAUUCGUGACGAAGAGAGGAUGAUUCCUGGUGCGGAGGGGCUGACGCUGGGUGAUUUGCUGGUAAGGAAAGCGAACGAGGGAGUGAAGGUGCUUCUGCUCAUCUGGGAUGAUCGCACGUCGGGAGUGAUUGGCUCAAGUGGAAUCAUGGGCACACAUGACCAGGAGACGGCGGAGUUCUUCAAGAACACCGCUGUCAAGUGUGAACUCUGUCCUCGUGAUCCCGACAAGAACCUGAGUCAUGUCGAAUCUGUUCAGAUCGGCAUGAUGUUUACGCACCACCAGAAGCUUGUGGUCGCGGAUGCCCCUCUGGAGCGAGACGAAACUGGCGAGCAGCGAAGAAUCGUGUCUUAUGUUGGUGGAAUUGACUUGUGCGAUGGCAGGUACGAUACCCCGAACCAUCAGCUGUUCCGGACGCUUGACACGUGGCACAAGGAGGACAUGCAUCAACCGAACUUCAAGCCUCCGGCGUCCAUUGAGCAGGGGGGUCCUCGGGAGCCUUGGCACGACAUCCAUGCCAAGGUGGAGGGCCCUACAGCUUGGGACGUCCUCUACAACUUUGAGCAGAGGUGGCGUUCUCAGAGGUCGAAGGAACUUCAUGAACUCUACGACAUUAUUGAAAAUCAGCAGCUAUUCCAGGCACCGUAUUCGCCUUUCGUCCAGGAGGACAACCCCGAAGCGUGGAACGUGCAGUUCUUCCGCUCGAUCGACACAGGUUCUGUCCAUGGAUUCCCGGAUGAUCCUGCGGCUGCCGGAGAACGCGGUCUUGUAAGUGGAAAGAAUGUCACGGUUGAGCGCAGCAUUCAGGAUGCGUACGUUUACUCGAUCCGUCGGGCAGAACAGUUCAUCUACAUUGAGAACCAGUACUUCCUUGGAAGCUGUUUUGCAUGGGAAGAGGACAGGACUGUCAGCGCCAUUCAUACCAUACCGGUUGAGCUGGCACUGAAGAUCGUGAGGAAAAUCGAUGCCAACGAGCCGUUUGCAGUGUACGUCGUUAUCCCGAUGUGGCCCGAGGGCAUUCCGACAGAUGGCUCUGUGCAAGAGAUUCUGAAAUGGCAGCACCGCACCAUGCAGAUGAUGUACAAGCUCAUCGCGGAAGCCAUAGCCAGGAACGGGCUUGAUACUAAGCCCACAGACUACCUCAACUUCUACUGCUUGGGGAAUCGUGAAGGGUAUUACGAUGGCGAGUACGCUCCUCCCAAUCCAGUUUCAGAGGAUGGGCAUUACAAGAACAGUCAGGAUAACCGUAGAUUCAUGAUCUACGUCCACUCGAAGAUGAUGAUUGUGGAUGACGAGUACAUCAUCGUCGGAUCAGCCAACAUCAAUCAGCGUUCCAUGGAUGGCGGCCGUGACACGGAGUCCGCAAUCGGUGCAUACCAGCCUUAUCAUACGUACGGGUACCGCGAGGAGCUGCCGAAGGGUCAAAUUCAUGGCUUUAGGAUGUCAUUGUGGGCAGAACACACAGGUGCCCUUGACGAGCUUUUCUUGGAGCCAUCUUCAAUCGAUUGCGUGCUGAGAAUGAACGAAAUCGCACAUGAGAAUUGGGCCCAGUUCGUCGCAGAACAACCAGAGGAUCUCCGAGGUCACAUCAUGCCAUACCCAGUUGCUGUUGCGGAUGACGGGACUGUGCAUGCCCUCCCCGGUUGUGUCAAUUUCCCAGAUAGCUCAGCCUGCAUUCUGGGUGAGAAGAAGUCGCUUCCAGAUAUUCUGACGACUUAGUGUCCAAACAAAACGAGAACUUCAAAGGGAUCGGGACCGCCAUUGCCAAAGGGAUCGAGACAGCCAUUGCGAAAGGGAUUGGGACAGCCAUUGCGAAAGGGAUCGGGACAGCCAUAGCCGUUUCGAGUAAGCGAUCACGAAAACCAUAGCCAAACUUAACAAGGUAUCGUGAAAUCUGUAGGCCAUGUAAAUAUAUUUAUCACCGACGGUCGUAGUUGAAGAAGGGUCAUGCAGAACCUACAAGCUUGUUGCCUGCCUGCCUGCCUGCCUGCCUGCCUGUGUGCAGGUUCAGGAGAAGACAACAGAUUUUUGGGUAGGGAGGUUUAUCCGGAUGAUGGGAAAGCCGAAAAUAAAGAGUUUUGUUUGUUCUGAUGAGAAGACGUUGCCGAUGAAGGUGGGGGCAGAGGAAUGAACUGUUAUUUAUGUAUGUUUGCAUGUUUAUCCAUCUGCUUUGGCAGAGGAAUCAACUGUUAGUUAUGUAUGUUUGCAUGUUUAUCCAUCUGCUUUUGUCCUAUGUUUUGAGUGUCUGUCCAAUUGGGCUCCAGUUGGUCGGCACAGUUUUUAACAGCAUUUUAGGAAAAUUGCUGCUAUAGUGUUUUGCAGGGUUUUUUUUUUUUUUUUUUUUUUUUUUUGAAGGUACGAGAUCUUUAGAUGUUCUCGUACCAAGGGUGUGUGCGAAUUUGCAAGUUUUGGAACUUCAGUAGGGAUUUGGUUACUAAAAAUAGAAAUCUAGGUUUGUCUGUGCUUUCGAGUUAUGGGAGAUAAUCAAUUUUAGUCCUCUGU